UGGUGGUCCCUGUACUACGUCCUCCCCCGUACACAGUGCACCCUGAUAACGAGUGUAUACCAGUCAUCUUUCCAGUCCGGUGCAGACAAAGUGAGGGUGCGUUGUUGUGUUUGGCCUCGCCGGAGAGGUUCUCUUCUUUGGGACACAGGCAUCCUUCCCUCGCUCGCCAGAAGUGGAGAGAGAUUGCGGUCGUCCGAGGUGAGGAGGUUUUGGGACGAAAGAUACGGAGAGACAGAGAGGUUCGUUUCCUUGGGACACAGGCAUCCUUCCCUCGCUCUCCAGGAAGUGGAGAGAGAUUGCGGUAGUCUGAGGUGAGGAGGUUUUGGACCGAAGUUACGGAGAGAGAGAGAGAGAGAGUACGCAUGUUUCUGAACAGGACGGGAAGCCGAAUGGCAGAUCUGUGCUGAUGAAAGGGUGCCGAGAAAGAGAUCUGACGUGGCAAUCCAUCUGGCGUGGAGCUGCGAUCUGAGGUCUCGAUCGUUGAAGAUUGCCACGUCGGAUUGACAUCUCGGGCCUUGGUUGCCCGCAAGAUUGACAGAUAUCGUCAUCAGGCGUGCUCGUUGCUGCCCCAAAAGGAUCCGUCCGGUGAAAGCGCUGGGAGAAGGAGAGGGAGAGGGGGGGCGACAGGAAGACGUGCGCUGUGGAAGAAGUGGGAGAGCGAAUAAUUGACACGUUGGUGCGGCUAUAUGUGUAGGGUGUGACAAUCAAUUAUAGCAGUGCUAUAGCAGUGCCAGGCGGCCGUUUCUUCUUGUUUGUUUCAACAAGAAGAGAGAGGUGAAAACCACGCUAUAGUUGUUAUGUUGUGACUAAAAUCAGUGAUGAACAAUCCUGUUCAUCCAUCACGGAUAAGGUAGAAGAAUCUGAAGAAUCUUGUUUAUCCAGUCAGGAUAAGGCAGAAGAAUCUAUCGAUAAAUUGAAGUAACGUCUAUAGAUCAAGUGGACUAGAAGGUCUCAAGGGCUCUAAAGGGCUCCAAAGGGCUCUAAAGGGCUCCAAAAAAGGGCUAUCAAGGGCUCUCAAGCUCAAGAGUUCAGGAGUUGAGGAACGAGAGGGGAGGAAGGGGAGUAAGGCGGAAGGAGGAGGAGAGGAAGGCGGAAGGGGAAGGGGGAGAGGAAGGCGGAAGCGGAAGGAGGAGAGGAAGGUGAAGGAAGGAAGGAAGAGGACGAGAGAGGCAGCACAGGAGGAGGAGGAGGAGGAGGAGAGAAAGGGGAGGAGGGGUUGGAGUGGUAGCUAGUUUAGCUUCAGCUGCAAUGGUUCAGGCGUGGUGGGGGCUCUUAGGGGCCACUGUCCCAGCUUACCUAAUUAGGAGCAUGUGGAAGGGCGGGAAAGCGCGAGAGGAGGAGAAACUUCGAGGAAGAGACAGUCAAAGCUCGAACGACUCGUUCGUGUGCGAGCGCGUCUGUACCUCUAAGCGGAUGUUGAACAAGCUGGGGGCCUUUUCCAAAGAUCCGACUCCCAAUACCUGUGUGACAGUGUGCGGCGUGUCGGCCGUAGAUGCAUGCACGGAUGCCUGUAGACGUGAUGGGGGUUAUCGCACAGCUCGUACCGAAAUAAUUCUUCAUGAGAAUGAUGGUGAUGACGAUGAUGAUGAUGAUGAUGUUGAUGAUGAUGAUGAUGAUGAUGAUGGUGAUGAUGAAGAAGAAGAAGACGAAGAUGACGGCCAUGCUGACGACAAUGAUGAUGAUGAUGAUGAUGAGGAUGACGCUGUAAUAGUAGUAGAUAGGCAUUGGUUGAUGAGUGCGAGAGAGUUUGAGAAGGAGGAAGAGAGAGGAGGAGGAAGAGAAGGGAGGAGAACACGAAGCGCAAGGGGAAGUUGAAGCUGCCGCGUCCAUAAGCGUCAACUCCAAGCUUGAAUGAACGACGGCGAUGGCAGGAGGUGGCAGCUUUGGCGAUUGAAGAGGAAGGAGAAGAAGGAGAGAGGGAAGGAGAAGAAGGAGAAGGGAGAAGAAGAAGAUGAAGAGGAGGAGGAGGAAGAAUAGGAGGAAGAGGACGAUGAAAAUUUCUUCGAGAAACUUUUCUUUUCAUGCCGACCAAUUUGUUGGGAGAUUCGAGUAUGGAGGAGCGCAAGGGGAGCUGCAGUUGCAUUCCGAGCUUGAAUGAACGACGGCGAUGGCCGGAGGUGGCAGCUAUGGCGAUUGAAGGAGGCAUUCUGAGCUUGAAUGGGCGAUGGCGAUGGCGGGGGACCACACCUAUGGCGAUUGAGCGACGCUGUAUUCGGAAGAGGUUGAAUGAAGAAGAAUAGCGAUGGUGGGAGUUGGUAGGUUUGGGGAUUGCAGGAUUCAUUCUGAGCUCAAGUGCACACGGCGAUGGUGGCAGGUGGCAGCAGCUAUGGCGAUUGAGCGGCAACGCGUUUGGAGGAGGGUUAAUGAAGAACGGCGAUGGUGGGCGGCACCCACAGCGGUCGGGAUACGGACCCAGUUGUUAUACAUUUUGGAGGAUGACGUCAUCAAAUUUUGCCGUUCAAAAUUUUAUCCAUUGGGACGAGAGAUAGCGGGUUUCGAGGAGGGGCCACGUGUCUCCGCGAAGGAGAGGCCACGUGUCUGUUGAGGGAAUUUAGUGGUGCUCUUUUCUUUAAUACAUGGCGCGACCACAUUGUGGCAGGCAGGAGUGUGUGUGUGUGUGUGUGUGUGUGUGUGUGUGUGCGAGAGAGAGAGAGAGAGAGAGAGAGAGAGAGAGAGAGAGAGAGAGAGAGAGAGAGAGNGAGAGAGAGAGAGAGAGAGAGAGAGAGAGAGAGAGAGAGAGAGAGAGAGAGAGAGAGAGAGAGAGAGAGAGAGAGGUGGGAUGUUUGUGCUCUGCAGGUCGUAGUGGAGAUGGUGGAGUUGAGGAAAUUGGGGGGAGCUUGGGAGGAAGCAAGGGGGGCGGGAGAGUACAGAAGAAGAAAGGGAGUGGAGGAGAAUGGGAGGAAGGAGGAUGGGAGGAACAGGGGAGGAAGGAUGGGUGAGAGGGAGGGAGGGAGGGAACAUAGGAGGAGAGAGAUGGAGUAUAGGAGAAGGGCGUAAGGAGGGCGGGAGAUGUGAAAGGGGUAGGGAAGGAACAAACUUGGAAGGAAGGAAAUAAGGAGAGAGAGGGAGAAGGGGAGUAAGGAGCCUCGUAGGAAGCAACAAGGAGGGAGGGAGAGGGGAGGAAUAUAAGCAGCAGCAGGGAAAGAUUGAGAGGAAGGAAGGAGAGAUUUAGAGGAAGUAAGUAGAUUUGAUGGAAGGAGGAAGGAGAAGGUUAGGAGAGCAAGGAGAGCCGUGUAGAAAGGAAGGAGGGAGGAGGCAGGAGGGCCAGAGGGAGGGGAUAAGGAACAUGCGAGGGAAGGAUGGAUAUCGUUCGUGUGUGUGUAUUGAGGGUCGGACGAUCGUGAUGUUGGCACAAAGGAUGAUGAAGUGACAUUAUGAUCAUGGAGCAAAGGAGAGAGGGAGGGAGAGGGAGGAGGGAGAGGGAGGGAGAGGGAGGGAGGCAGAGAAUCACAUCGAAUGGCAUGCAAUGCAAGCGUGGGAGUUCCCUUAUCGCUUCUUGUGUUGCGGGAUCAUCACCUCAUCGCCUCUGGUGCUACGCCUCCAGGCACAAAGUGCAGCAAUUUGGACAGGUGGCGACCAAAGGCACCCUUGUCGAUGGUGAAUGCUCGUGAUUGGAUGGUGGUGGCAUAUUAUUGGAAAUAAUUUUCUUUCCUGGAUGGUGAGUAUAGCGGCAAGCAGAGUUAACGAUGUGCUUAUAUUGGACUUGUGUGUAUAGAGAGUAUAGCUUAUAGCCUAUAGGUCGUUAACCUAUAGGCUAUCGGUAGGUAACCUAUAGGCUUA